ACGUAAGCGAGCCGCUCCACGGGAUUCGCCCGCGGGCUGUCGGGUUCGGGCGGACGGUCCGGUCGCGCGCGCGUUCGCUCCUCCCACACGCACGAGACGUAUCGCAGAGGGGAACGGAGCCGGGGCUGCUGGGGUUGAGUUGUGUGAAGAGCUCGUGCGGAACCGCGCAGGUAGGAGCCGGGCUGUCAGUCCGUGUGACAGAAGGACGGAGGUUUAUUAGGAAUUACGCGCCUCUGCGACAUGGGAGCUCCGCUGCUGCUGCUGCUGCUCACCUUCUGCUCCUUUAGCGGUUUGAGCUGGGGCCGGAAAGUGUCGGUACCUGAGGGACCUCUAGUGCGAGUGGAGGGUCAGGAGCUGUCUCUGCGCUGUGAAGUAUCGGACUAUGAGGGUCCCCAGGAGCAGGACUUUGAGUGGAAAGCAGCACAUGGGUCUGAUAGCAUCAGUGUCAUCUCCACCUUUGACUCUUCAUUCUCAGACCCGUCUUUAACAGAGCGUGUGCUCAGUAAGGACGUCAGUCUGCACAGGCUGGGAGAUUCCACUGUGGAGCUGAGGAUUAAAGAGGCCAGAGUGACGGACAGCGCCACUUACACCUGCAGCACCCCCAGCACUGACUCCACCAUCAGUGGAAACUAUGAUGCAUCAGUGCAGCUGAAAGUGAUUCAUGAUUCGCUGGUCUUGGCCCCUGAAGCUCCCGUCUCCUCAGUCCGGGAGGGUAGAUCUCUCAGUCUGCGCUGCAGCGUCUCCCACGACUUCACUGAGGGGAAGUAUCUCUCUGUGACCUGGUCUAUUAAAAAGGAGACGUCUACAGAAGAGGAUCUGGUAACGUUUGGCCCCGGUGUGGGAAUAACAGUGGGUGGGAAUUUCACUCAGCGCUAUGCGGAUGGUGGAAUGCAUCUGCACUCGGACACCGGUGGCUCCUACAGCCUGGUGCUCUCUGGAGCUGUGCCUGCAGAUCAGGGGAUGUAUGUGUGCACCGGCAGAGAGUGGACCAGAGAACAGGGUGGCUGGAACAGGAUACAGGAAAAGGCAGCGGUCAUGGGUCAAGUGGUUGUUGUUCCAACAGCUGAAUCCCUGGCUGUGCACAUACUGGGUAGCACCACCCUCACCACAGGAGAUACUCUGAACCUCACCUGCUGGGUUUCUGCUGAUGAUCACGCUGUUCUGAGUCUGGAGGUGUCUUGGUUGUUUAAUGCCACACAGGUUCUCGCUCAUGUUGGUCGAGAUGGAGUAGUGGCUAAAAACUCCAAUGUGUUGAGCAUGAGCCAGGUGGGAGAGGGUGUUUUCAGUCUGGAGAUGGAUGGAGUCGAGCCCUCUGAUAUGGGAUUGUACUCGUGCAGGGUGAGGGCCAUGGUGCAGCGCAGCAAGGGAAACUGGUACCUGGCUGCAGAGAAAACAUCAACCCCUGUACAGGUGUCCAUCACUCCCAAAGAUCUGGCGUUCUCUGUGACUCUGGACUCUCCGGUUGUAGCUCAGUACGUGGGGGAUCAAACUGAGCUUGUGUGCCAAGUGACGAACAUCUCUCUGCUCCGCUGUGAGCGGCUGAGUGUGUCCUGGUUCUACUCGGCAGCUAAUGCUAGUACUGGGCAGAUGAGCACCGAUAUCAUCGCCUCACUGAAUGAAAACGGGUCUCUUGUUCCAAGUGAGAAAUAUAUGAGCCGAAUCGAGAGAGGUCUGGUUAUGGUGACCCGGCUUGAGCAAGGCACCUUUAAGCUCCGCCUUCUCCGUACAGCGAAUACAGAUGCAGGUGACUAUUCCUGCAGGGUUGCUACAUGGGCACCGACUCAUCACGGCCUGUGGAUAAAAUCAUCAGAACAUCAAACUCAGGCGUUAAAGGUCAGCUUACCAUCCAAAGGUCUGAGCCUCAGUGUAGUAGCUCGCACCACACGGCCGGCAACUUCCUGCGGCUCCACUUUUGAAAUGACCUGCCAGGUUAAAUCAAAGGUCCUGCAGGCAGACGCAGGACUCUCGGUCCUCAUAUCGGUCCAGGAAGGGGUCGGGACACCCAGCCGCAGACUCGCCUCCCUCGGCCCGGACCUGGUCUUCAAACUAGAGGAGUCCAGUCAGCAGGACCGGCUGAGUUUGGUGAAGAUUGGGAAAGAGGAGUUCCGGUUCCGGAUCCAGGGUGUGCAGCUGACAGAUCGAGGCUUCUACUCCUGUGAAGUUGGUGUGUGGAGCAGACAGGAUGGAAACGACUGGUCAGAGGGGAUGAAACGAGACUCCAAUAAAGUUCAACUUUCCUUUGAAUACACAAAGCCAUCAUUCGAGAUAUCCAUCGUUUCAGACACCAGUAAUGUUUACCCCUGGGAAACUGUUAAAAUGGAGUGCACACUGAGUGUAUCCGGUACAUCCCCCAGCAUCGAUGACCUGGCGUAUGAUAUCCACUGGUAUCAGGGUCGAUUCUCGGGAUCAGGCAGUCUGGCUCUGUUGGCCAGUAUGGAUCGCUGGGGCAUGGUGAAGAAGAGUCGUCGUAAUGACUCCAGCGACUGCAGUCUGGAGCGACUCAAAGACCACAAAUUUGCCCUCAACAUUCACGGCACCCAGGACAGUGAUGGAGGAGAAUACUACUGCAGCGCCACGCCCUGGAUACGAUCAAACACAGGGGUCUGGAGCAGAGAGCCAGACAUCAUAUCCAAAAAGAUCUUCAUUAAUGUCAAAUUUGCAUUAUGGGACUCGAUGAAGUUGCCUUUGAUGUAUGGGAUGUGUGCAUCCCUUUCUGUGGGUCUUUUCUCCCUCAUUCUGGGCCUUAUCUGUGCUCAGUGUUGCUGCAGGAACACUACACACACCCCACGCACUCGGAUCAAGCUCAUGGACCUGGAGGUAGACUGACAGACACAGAACACACACAGCUGCUCCCCCACAAGCUGACUAGAACCAGAACCAGCCAUGUUCUAGAUAUAAAUUCAUCUCUCUUAUGCUCCAAAACAGAGAUUGUGACUGUAACUGCAGUAAGUGAACCUUUAAGGACUCAGAAUAAGAGAAUAAGCAUCUCUGAACCAAUGAAGACUCCCAAGGAGGUCAGUGGACUUUUGACCUAAUGAUGCAGCGCCGGAAAAAAAAUAAUGGGCACCUUCUGCAUGACAAGGGGCGUGUAUAUUCUAGGGGCUAAAACUGAUGAUUAAUGGAUGCAAAAUUUAGGGGGGCAGUUGACUCCCUUCCUCCUAAAUCUGCCAGUGUAUGUUUUUUUUUUCUUUUUGAAAACGUUACUCAUAUUUAGAUAUGAGAUCAUUUUUACAGGAGAUUGUGAAAGAUCCAGACCUAGUAUCUGUGACUUCCACUCAAUAAAACCUUGUGUUCUUCCCUUAACUGUGGUGCUACACUUACAAUACAAAUACAAUAAAAGUGAGUACACCUCUAUCACUCCUGCAAAUAUUUUAUUAUAUCUUUUUUUGAUGGGACAGCACCAUAGAAAUGAAGUAGGUAAACAUGUUCAAUUUGUGCCCAUUUAUGUCAUUUUCCACACCUGGUGUCAUGUGACUCAUUAGAGUUACAAAGUUCCCGAUGUGAAAGGGAAGCACAGCUGUUCAUUUUGGUGUUUUGGGAACAAUUUUCUCAUACAGGACACUGGAUAUUUUACAUGGCGUUUCAUGGCAAAGAACUCUGAGGAUGUGAGAAACAGAAUUGCUAUUCAAAAAGAUGGCCUAGACUGAGCCACAGGAUUUUCUUGGACCGGUUCAGCCAGAACACUAACCAGCCAGGCUAGGCUAAGCUAUCCUAAGUUAAUGCUGAGCUAAAGCAAGCUACGCUAACCUAACCAAAGUCAAGCCGGCUAGCUAAAACCAACACCACCCAGCAAAACAAACAGAAAUGUUUAAAAAAUGCUCAGCUUUCACCUGAAGACGACUCCACGGAGCAGGAGAGGAGAGUAUUAUCGUUAUUUCACGCUCCUAACGUUACCAUCUUCACUUAUUCCCAAUUUUAAUUUCAAGCUAACUUUCGUGGUGUUAGUCUGUAUAAAUCAUACACCGUUUUGUAGUUAAGUUUCAGUUCUGUUACAGUUGUGGUGGAACUACUUUUUGGUGGAAGGCACAGUCCAUAUUAAAGCUUCUUCAUUCUUAAUUUCUUAAAGUUCUUUCAUUUAUUUUCUUUAUUCAUUUUGUAAAAAAAAAACUGUUGUAUAAAAGCAAUAGAACACUCGAGGUCAUGUGUUAUCACGAAUAACAUCACGGCUGUGCCUUCGGCUCGUGCCUAUGACCGAAUCACAGCCGUGAUGUUAUUUGUGAUAACACACUCCCUCUCCUGUUCUAUUGCUUAAAUAUAACUGUCUGCAUGGCACUGUCCUGGAAGGUGGCCUCUUCUGAAGCUGAUGCACAAAAAAGCCUGCAAACGUUUUGCUGAAAACAAGCACUCCACGAGCGUUAAUUAUUGCAACCAUGUCCUGAGAUAUGACGAGACCAAGAUAAACCUGUCUGGCCCAGAUGGUGUCCAGCAAGUGUGGCAGCACCCUGGUGAGGAGUACAACUCCAAGACAACUGUUCUUUGCUUACAGUCAAGCACGGUGGUGGUAGCAUCAUGGUCCGAGGCUGCAUGAGUAAUGCUGGCGCUGGGGAGCUGAAUUCCGCCAUUGUCUUUCUCUUACACAUGCAUGCUUGUAUGAAUGCAAAGGGAAAUACCAGCAAUUAAAAAGGUGCUGAACACAGAUCGAGUUAUAUACAAGUUUAAUUUCUAUAGUGCUGUCCCAUUAAAAGAUAUAAUAAAACAUUUGUAGAAAUGUGAGAUGCAUACUCAUAUUUGUUGGACACUGUAUGUAACAAAUGCCAUGUGAUGAGUAAAAUGCACUGUUUGAGCUUUUCAACUGAAGUAAGAAGUAGGUCUCUUCAUGUUUGUCAACCUUCUAGACAUCCUGGGAAUCGCAAGGGGUAAAAUAUUACUGUUUAGUUGGUUUUCAAAAACUGGACUGAAUAACUGUGUAAUAACUAAUAUACUAAUGAACAGAUACAUAGUUAGAGCGGAUAAACAGAACAAUAGGACCAAGUCCCUGAUGAGUCCAGUGAAUGGGUUAAUGCAUUUUUGAAGCUCAUUAUAUUUCUCUGUUGUGUGAUGAAAACUCAACACAGGCAACAACACUGUUAAAAGUAGGAGUUCCUUGAAGAACUUUUAGAAAUUUAUCAAGCAAAAGAUUUUGGAAGAAAAUGUCUUUAAAUCUUUAAAGUGCCCUUAGCUUUCUUAAAUGUUGCUCUAAAGACAUUAAUUGGUUUCUCUACAUUUUCAACAUCUAAAGUUCUUUAGGAAAUGUAACUUUUAACAGUAGAUGUUUCAUUAAAAGCAAUAAGAAUCUCCAUUGCUAACCCAAGUGGACUUUGGCACAGUAUUUUAUUUUUGUAUAGGAUGUUUGGUUUGUGUGAUUAUUUGUUAAGAGUCUAUAAGACUACAGUCUAUGAGAUUGGACCAUUUUACAGUAUUUUGAAUUUUAUUACAAAUAAGUGCACAAUUGUAUGACUAUGAUUUUACUGAGAGACUCUUUUAUAAUGUAUGAUGACUCUAAUAAAAUGUAAUGUUAAUAAAAAAUGUUCUUUUGUGGGUGUGUGCUGUAAUGAGAAGGACUUUUAUUUUAUUUUUAUUUUCUUUACAUUGUUGUCAAACUCAGACCCCCUUAGCGAUUGUUUUUCAGAAGUGUCUAGCAAUAAAUCUAGGGACUUUUUGUGCAUGUGUAUAUUCAUAGUUUGUAGAUUUAUAUCUGUACAAUUUUUUUAAUAUGCAAUAAUGUAUAGUAUAUAUAGUGCAAGUUAUACGUUUUUUAUUCACCUGCAUAUCUGUGUUAUUAUAUCUGUGACUAAAAAAUAUAGAUUUUCAUUUUAUUAGAUUUGUGGCAUAUGUGUGCAUUCUGAUAAAAUCUACAAGAGUUUGCAUGUAUUUUAAAUCUUUUAUGUGUUUUAGGAGUAUAGGAGGAAAAUCUGUCCAAACAUGAACUUUUAUGCCAGUUGAGCCCAACAAAAAUGCUUUGAAAUAUUUUGUAAAUGUCAAUCUUUGGAGAAGACAGAAGAUAAAUGAAAGACGAUUUAUUAAAGCUCAAUAUUUCAAUAUUUCAUUUAGAUAUUGA